AUGAAAGACCUGCAGUACUACCAAGUUCCCUUACCUAUUUUAAAGGUGACUCCCGGCAACCUACUUGAUGCCGAUGCCGAAGACAAUCAUGUGGCAAUGAUUCCAGCAAUGGUGGCCCUAGCACAAAUCAUGUCCGAGGCAUCACACCUUCUCUACCACUCUCCCAAGCGCUCAAUGGGCGAGAUGUCGCAUAUUGCCAUAGAUCUAGACAACAAACUGCUGGCAUGGAAGUCUACUCUCCCUGAAUUCUUAGAUAUCGACGCCGCCUCGCUCAAUGAUACAGAGUGGGCCUUCAAACAGAAACUCGUGCUAAGACUAAGAUAUUACAAUACCCGAAUCCUGAUCCACAAGCCUUUCCUCGCCGCAUCAGCCUCCAAGACCGAAGCGCCAAAUAUCCUCCAGCACCUGCACGCCUGUCUCGAUGCCGCGAGAACCAGCAUCAACAUGCAGUACGAAUCAUUCAUACACAGGAUCUACAUUCGUACCUGGUGGUACAACACCUCCUACGCCCUCUACGGUGCCAUGAUUCUCCUCCACCUCAUCCUCUCGGGAUACCCCAGCAUCCGUGACGAAGACCUCCUACUCGACGUAGAGAAGAGUCUCGACAUCUUCGAAUCGAUGAACAAUAUCGUCGUCGCCCGCCGUUGCGCCGAGAUGAUCCGCGAGGUUCUCGAAGUCGCACGAGCCUGCGUAGCUCGACGUCGCACCCCCCACUACACCUUGUCCACUUCAACCGUGCCACCACCACCGCCACUGCCAAUAACCGGCCCAGCGAACCCGUCUGCUUCCUCACCUGCACCAUUCGGCCUAAGCAAUCCGCACACCCAGCAACAGCAAGCUGCCACAAACCCCACGAGCAGCACAGCACCCGGCGUCGACAACGAUUUCUUUUUUUCGCUGUUCAAUCCCGACUCGCAGCCCAACGAUACCCGCGCCGAGAUCCUGGCGAAUCUGGUGGACCCCACCAUCCUCGAGGACUUUGCAUUUGGGAACGGGGCCAGUGAUUUUUCGUUCUUUCUUGGAACCUGA